CCCCACCCACAAAAGAGACAACAACAUAAGGGGAAAAAACAAAAUAAAAAUUAUGAGCACCGGAGAAGGGAAAACCGUGUGCGUUACUGGGGCCUCAGGUUACAUUGCUUCAUGCCUCGUUAAGCACCUUCUCCUUCGUGGUUACACCGUCAAAGCCUCUGUUCGUGACCCAAGUGAUCCGAGAAAAACACAACACUUACUUGCACUUGAGGGCGCUGAAGAAAGGCUGAAGUUGUUUAAAGCAGAUUUAUUGGAAGAAGGUUCCUAUGAUUAUGCAGUUGAAGGCUGUGAAGGUGUUUUUCACACAGCAUCUCCCUUUUAUCAUGAUGUCACAGAUCCACAGGUUGAUGUUCAAUCCUUUUUGUAUCCAAUGUAUACACUAUGUUGUCUUUUAUAUCUCUCCUCGAUUAAUAAGCUUUUAACUCUUCAUUCCUCAUCUCAGGCAGAACUACUCGAUCCUGCUGUGAAGGGAACACUGAAUGUUCUGAACUCAUGUGCUAAUACCUCUUCUGUGAAACGAGUUAUCUUGACAUCUUCUAUAGCUGCAGUCACUUACACCGGGAAACCUCGAACUCCAGAUGUUGUGGUUGACGAAAGUUGGUUUACCGAUCCAGAGUACUGUAAGAGCUUAAAGCUCUGGUAUGUAGUCUCCAAAACCAUAGCCGAGGAAUCUGCCUGGACAUUUGCGAAAGAGAAGGGCCUCGACUUGGUAGUCAUAAACCCGGCAAUGGUGAUCGGUCCUCUUUUACAGCCAACACUUAACACAAGUGCUGCAGCAGUUUUAAGCUUAAUUAAGGGAGCACACACAUUCCCGAAUGCAACUUUCGGUUGGGUCAAUGUAAAAGACGUUGCAGAUGCACACAUCCAGGCAUUUGAGAUUCCAUCAGCUAGUGGAAGAUAUUGUUUAGUCGAGAGAGUUGCACAUUGCUCGGAAGUUGUAAAGAUCUUAAGCGAGCUAUAUCCUUCUUUCCAUCUCCCAGAAAAAUGUGCAGAUGACAAGCCUUAUGUGCCAACGUAUCAGGUGUCAAAGGAAAAGGCAUUAAGUUUGGGUAUAGAAUUCACUCCCUUGGAGGUGAGUCUCAAGGAAACAGUUGAAAGCUUGAGGGAAAAGGGAUUUGUCAGUUUUGAUUCUUAGUAGCUCUCUUUGCAGCCCCUCCUUAACAAAUAAGUGGUGAAUAAGCUUUUUGAUGGCUUUCU